AUGGCCGACCCUUUGUUGACAUCUCUUUGUGGGAUCUGCCAUAUAUCAACUCCGAAAUACAAAUGCCCACGAUGCGGUACCCGAACCUGCUCCCUCGCAUGCAUCAAGAAGCACAAGGCCUGGUCUGAGUGCACCGGCGAACGCGAUGCAACAGCCUACAUCGCUCCGUCGAAACUCCGUACACCCGCCGGCGUCGAUCACGAUUACAACUUCCUACACGGGAUCGAGCGCUCCGUCGAACGCGCUGAGAAACUUCUUGUUGAAGAGCGCGGCAUCGUCCAGGAGGAGGAGUUGCGCCCGAUGACGGUCCAGGAGGUUAAGUGGAAGCCGGGACGAGAUGGGCGCAAGCGCAAGGUUCUUGUAACGAGAGUGUUGCGCGAAGCCAAGGCCAGGACUUUUGAACGGUUCCUCGCUGCGCGAUUGAAGAAGUUGAAUAUCACCAUCGUAUGCGCGCCAACAGGAAUGGCGAGACAAAAAGAGAAUAACACGACUCUCAAUCGUCGAACAAAUAGGAUCAACUGGCAGGUGGAAUGGAUGUCACUUAAGGAUGUCCCAGAUGCAGAGCCGAAGAAAGUGCGAAUACUGUCCAAGGUCAUGGAUGAUGUGCCGUUAUAUCAAGCAUACCAUGAUACGCUAGAAGAGCAGCGCAAAGCAAGGGGAGAACAUGUGAAGAAGAUCCCACGAACGGGUUUGGAUGGACAAGUGCAAGACUGGACAAACUCGACAUGGUCAUCUGGAUCAUUUGCGCUUCAAGACCCUUUUACCGGUGCCUGGACAAGCCACCACGACACCGAACCAGGCAUGUGGCCAUCCGAGAGACUGCGAACGCAGAAGCGGCAGUUCCAGUUCUUCCUUGCGAAGUUCCGUACCCCCUCCGACAAACGAUCGGUUGUUACAAAACUGAAGCCCGAAGCUUGUUUGCGGGACGAACUUAAGGAUACUCGAGUACUGGAGUUUCCAACAAUAUGGGUGCUUAACCAAGGCCAGGAGCUUCCCGAAAGCUUCAUGCUCGGCCCCAAAGAUGUUGUUCCUCAAGAAGGCAACAAGAGGAAGAAUCCGCCUGGGAAGAAGGGUUCUGGAAAGCCGAACAAGAGAAGAAACAAGGGAAAGGAUUUUGAGGAGGGUGAAGUCCAGAGUGACGACGAGGGUCAAUCAGAUGAUGGCAUCAGUGCUGGUGUUAGUGGAGUUACGCUCGAGGCAGGGGAUGUGAUUGCUGAGCAAAGCUUUGGAGAAGAGGAUGAUGAAGACGACGAUACGAGUAGUUCGGGGAGUGAUAGCGAAUGA